CUCAGCCUACUCAGACUGGACAUGUGGCGUUGCUGCUCGAUUACUCACUUCAGCCCAGCUUAGUAUCAACACGUUCUGACAGACGGUUCGAAUCGCGUUUGACUUGACGACCCUGGAACUUCGUCGUCGCUAAUAUCUAUCUUCUAAUCACUACUUACUCAAUAGACGAGACCAGAAGUACCUCGACAGAACCGGCGAUAGCUCACUAGACGAUAAACCAGCUAUCACCAUGUCAUACACGCCGUUCAAACGUCAAGAUUUCGCACCUUCAUGCCCCUCGGGCGGAACGUGGUGGGCGUGCGGUCACGGCACAUAUUUCGUAGGCUGCUGCGCCAGAGAUCCAUGCGACAUCACCUGCGCACAGGGAAAUCUGUACCCUGGUGCCUUCAACCCAACAUCUUACGGGGACUUUCCAGAUGCUACAUGUGGAACAGGGAGCAAAUUCUAUACCUGUACAGCAGGAGCCACGUUCUGGGGGUGCUGUAAAACCAAUGCAUGUAGUCAGAGCGGCUGUCCGGAUGGAGAUCUCGAGCCCGCGAUCUUGAAUAGAGAGGACCUGCGGAGCGCAUAUCAUGCCUCUGGAGGGACGACGUUGGCUAGUGCGACCAGGACAUCGACGGCUUCAGCAUCAAUAAUGUCGACUCCAGCUAUAACGAGCGUAGUUCCACCUACUUCGUUUCCGACUCCUGAGGGCAAACAACACGUUGGAGCCAUAGCGGGCGGAGCAGCUGGCGGUGCGUUUGGUCUAGCGCUCAUCAUCGGACUUGUACUAUACUACUGCUGCCACGCGAAGAAGUCGAGAAAAGGGCAUGCGGAUACCGUAGUGCGAAGACUAUCCGACCUCCCUGCAAGGACGGCGGAGAAGGACAAAGCAGUUCCUCGGCCACCUGAUGCAGCGCCCCCAGGAUACUCGUCGCCAAACCCAGAGGCAGGGUUCUACCCGCAGGUGCCAUCGCAAUACGGGCAAUACGGCACGUCGUAUGCCUACACGCAGCAACAGCAACAAGCAUACCCCCCGGAGCCGCAGGAACUGCCCAUCGGACGGCCUUCACCCGUCCCGUUCGCGCUGAAGCCCGCGGGACGGCACCGCCGCGAGGCCUCGGAGUUGUCGGGGGACACGGCGAUUCGAUCCGAGCUCGACACGCCGUUGGAGUCGCCCAAGGGACAGCAGAAGCAGUUCGCGCAGCCGAGCCCUUUGACGCCACAGACGCGUUUUGAAGAGCAGAGUCCGAGGAGUGUAGAGGGUAAUGAUGCGGUGCAGAGUUGGAUGGCGCAGCAGAAUUUGCAGGCGGAAAGAGGAGGGAGAGAUGGGUAUGGCCAGGGGCUUGGUGUGCAGGGAGUGAGUGAUGGGGAUGGGGUGGGGAAUGGACGUGAGCAGAGGGGAUAUGGAAAUGCGGCGAAUAGUAGCAUGUAUCAUGGUAUUUAGACCGUGGGGUAUUGACUACGAACGGGAGUUGAGUGUUUCAUAUGGCUCUUGGAUGGGGAGACUAACUGGCUACAGUUUGAAGUACAUAUUAUUGAUCCGCACUCAAAGUACUUUCACAGAACCAGCGAUAGCUCAACUAGGGCGUAGGCGC